AUGAAGACGGAAGAGACGCGCAAACGAAGCCGCCCCGCGAGAGGUUCUUCCGCAGCAGGAGCGCGAACGUCGAGUGACACGGCAGCGGCCGAGCGUAAAAGAGAGAAGAGCCAAAAUGGCGAGAAAAAUGAGGCGACCGAGGCAAGAGUGGCGACACGGAGAGAAGACAGAAGCGAAAAACAGGAGCACGGUGUGUUCGACCUUCUGGCGAAACAAGUCAUGCCAGGCGAUGAGACGCUUGCCGGAAGAGGGCGACAUUUCUAUGACCUUCCAGAGUGCCUUCCUGUUAUGGAGUCGACGUCUUCUCCUUCUUCCUCGUUGGCGCCUGGAUAUCAUCUUUGUCUCUUCCGUGAUCGGCAACUGUCCAGAUGCGCUGUGCCGAGUCCGAGAGAACCAGAUGCUCCGUUUUUAGCUGACAUCCAGCAUCUGCCUGUGGGCCGCUGUCACGUAGGCUUAGGAGUGCUAGUGCCGUACGACGCCGAAACAGAGACAGGGUACAGGAGUCUGGGUUUCACGGAUGCCGGCCUCAGAAAGACGAUCCUGACCAUCAAAUCCGCCUCGAAGGAAGAGAGAGACACGCAGCCACUCGACGAGCUCUUAAAUCUUGCGGGAAUUGCAAUGGACGAAGGCGACGUAGGCGCGGCUCUUCAUCUAGGACGGAACCUCUUCCUUCUUGACGCACCCAACGAGAAACGCUGCAGGGUGCUGACGCCAGCAAAGCUGCUUCUCCGGAGUGCUUACUCUCUGCUCGAGCAGCCUCACUUCGCCCAAGUGGUCGAGGUAGCUGCGCAGUUCAGAGCUGAGAGUCGACAACAGUGA